AUGCAGUACCCAGAUCACGUGCACGGCGUGCUUGCGAGUCGUGCCGGUGAGUGCAUCGUCCAAGGCUCCGAGCUCAGGAGCCCUCAUCAUCAUACGGGAAAUCUGAUCCACAUCCAGCCGGAAGAAGACGAGGUGCCUGGGGAGAAGCCCAUGUGCUCAUUCUGUCAACGACUUGGUCAACCAUGUACUUACCUCUCUCGAUCACGGCCGGCGGCGACGGGAAACUCUAACAGAGGACCGCGGUCGUGGCCGAUACCAAACCAAAAAGACGCUAUAAAAUCUCACGGCGAAAAGACUCGGGGCGCUCUUCGGAAUAUCACGAGACCCGCGGGCAACGACGAGUCUCCUGCUUUGUCGCCUAUCAUUUUUCGUGAGGGUCAUGAAUCGUUUCAAAUGGCUCAAGGUGGCGGAAACUCAACAUCGAAGGAGUACAACAGUGACAUACACAACUACAACAGCAACUGGUAA